AUUUGACUGAGCAUGACUGAAUCUGGCAAGUGAAUAUAGAGCGGUGCGUAGUGCACUGUGGGACAGCAAUGGUGGGCGCGUGAUUUUGAACAAAUUCGAGCUAUCAAGGGAACACCCAGGAACACAAUCAUGUCUAUAAAUAAAGGGCAAAAUGCUAGAGCUUUGGUUGAACCAUUAGCUCUAGAUUCACGUACACUCGGUGAUGGAGAUUUAAGUGCAUUGAGCCUAUCGCAUAAUAAUGAACAGUAUUCAUCAAAUGACUUUGAGGCAUUUGCAAACAUUCAAGCUGAGUUGGAAUGUAUGAGUGCUGAAGAAGUUAUGACAACAGAGGAGGAACAUAUAAUAAUUGAACGUAAUAUUGAGACUGAAACGAUUGUACCUGAUGUGGAAAUGACUGAAGUUUCAGAUCAAGUUCAAGAAGAACAUAUUAUCUAUACAACAGCAAAUCAGAAUAAUCAAAAUAUUGUAUUCCAAACGAAGCCGACAUUGCAAAGGCUUCCACCAUCUACAGUACAGGUAAAAUCGAAUGUUGGUCAAGCAACGCAAAGUCAAUCUAUUAUGAUAGUGUCCCCUGCUGGUGGCCAAGGCACAAGCCAAAUUUUAAAAAUUUCACAUCCGUCAACAGCAUCAGCUGGUCAAUUACAGUCAUUAGCUCAGACUCUUAUAGCAAAGUCUGCUGAUGGAAAUAUAGUUCAUUUAAGAUCAGCACAACCUACUAAACCUGUAGUGGCAACUAGUCAUUCAGGAAACAUCACAUUAGGAAGUGUUCAGAAUGCAAAAACAGUACAAUCUGCUAUAAAACGAACAGCACAGAGUACACAGCAAAAUCGAAAUGUAUAUACAAAGAUGAUAUUAGCUGGAAAUCAAACACAAUCAGGACAAGUUCUUAUAACUAGUUCACAGAAUGAAAAUCAACAAGCAAUAAAAUUUUUGAAUAAUAGUGUAUCAAGUCAGGAUGUCACAAAUCCAACAAAAACUAUAACAUUGGCACAAGCACAGCAAAUGGGAUUACUUUCUACCAAUAAAGUUCAACAUAUUCUACCUUCAUCACCACAAAAGCAAGGAAUAAUUGUAAAUAAAUUAGUGCAAUCAUCAAAUACUCAGUCCUCUAAAAUGACUAUAGUUCCAAGCAGUACGAUUAAAUCCCCCACAAAAAUAUUACCUGCUCCAACAUUGAGUACACAAGUUAAAUCUUCAUCAAUUUCGAAUCAGCAAUCUACAUUUUCUUCCUCUAAUAAAUCAACUGUUCAACAGAGUCCACAAAAAGUGAUUAUUCGACAGAGCUCUUUGAAACCUGGAACUGUACUUGGAAGUGGACAAGUUAUUAGAAUACCAGCUAAUCAAAAUAUUGUUACUGGAUCUAAUCAAGUACAUCAAAUACAAAUGCCUGGAAGACAAGUGCAAUAUGUAAGAUUAGUCAGCACUCCAUCAUCUGGAACUACGAAUGUUGUUACUGUGGGUAAAACGAAGUCGCAAACAACUUUGCAAACUGUUGGUGUUAGUCAGAAAAUAGGAGGUCAGCAACAAAUCGUCAAGGUAGUUCCAUUAAAUACUAAUAAUCAGUCAUUAAGAACGGUUGCGCCGAAGGCUACGUUGACAAGUAGCGGUCAAAGAUUAUUAAUUCCCGCGACUGCAACUGUAGGUAACCAAUCGAAAAAUGCAGUAACUAUUCCAGCAUCGGCUUUAAGUCAAUUAGCAUCUGGGCAGGCAGUCCUCUCAACUAAUUCAAAUAUGGGAAACAUUGUAGUUUUACCAGCUCAAUAUAUUCAGCAACAGUCAGCAGACGAAGUGAAAUUGAAAUCCCAAGUUACACCUAGUUUGUUAGGUAAUUCGCAAAGUUUGCAGAGUUCAACAGGAAAUUUAUCAGUAGGAUCUAUUAUAGAAAGUAAAAGCUCCCAGAGAUCUUAUGCUAGCGUCGAGCCUAAUGGUAUUAGGCCGAGAAAAGCGUGUAACUGCACUAAAUCACAAUGUCUUAAGUUAUAUUGUGAUUGUUUCGCGAAUGGAGAGUUUUGUCAUAUGUGUAACUGCAAUAAUUGUUCUAAUAAUCUUGGAAAUGAAGAAGAGAGGCAACGCGCUAUCAAAUCCUGUUUGGAACGUAAUCCAAAUGCUUUUCGUCCAAAAAUUGGCAAAGGCCGUGAGACUGGUGAUGAUAUACGGAGACACAAUAAGGGUUGUAAUUGUAAACGCAGCGGAUGUUUAAAAAAUUAUUGUGAAUGUUAUGAGGCUAAGAUUCCUUGCUCUGCUAAUUGUAAAUGCAUAGGAUGUCGUAACGUAGAAGAACCGAACUUAGAAAAGAAAUCUCUGAAAGAUCUAGCAGAGGCAGCUGAAGUUAGGACGGCACAACUUACAUUGAAUAAAGCGAAAUUACAACUAUCGGAAAUGGCUUUCAGACCACCCGCUACAUCAAACACUGGCGCGAGACGACCGUUCAACUUCUUGACUGAUAAAGUAGUAGAAAUAACGUGUCAGUGCUUAAUGGCACAAGCUGACGACGCGGAACGGAACAUGUUCGACGACGAAACAUCUCAGAGACUUAUAAUCGAAGAAUUCGGCCGUUGUCUGAAGGAAAUUAUAGAAUCAGCACAUAAAGCUGAAGCUACCUAGCAGGUACAUUCUGAAAAAAAAUUCAAUGGUGAAAGUUUUCGAUUUUUGCGGACAUACGGCAGAAAAUUGGAAACAAUGGUUAAUGGUACCUCUUAAUCUAAUAAUUUGGACACAAUUACAAAAAGAAAUAAAGUUUAUAUACCAAAGAUAACGGUAACAAUAUUAAAUCAUAAUACAUUCAACCGGUUAUUAUUGUUGCUAGAUGAAGAAAGUCUUUUUCUAAAAAUCUAGUUACAUUUACGUACACUUUGUAAUUACAAACUUGUUUUGUAUAAUAUAAUUAAUGAACGAUCGAGUGAAGUUUACGAAGUUUUAUCCUUAAUUAAAAAGUUUUUACAUGAAAAAUGUAAAGUUAUUUUAUUAGAUAACAGUAAAAAAAAAUAUUCGAAGCAUUACGGUUGAAUGCAAUAUGACAGUAAAAUUUGUAAUACAAGUGUAUAACAUUCGAUGGUACAAAAAAUGUUUAUAUAUUUGUCGGUCGCACUUGAAAAAUUAAGAUUUUAUUGAAAAUUUAAGAGGCUAAAAUA